GAACUUUUAAAAACUCUUUGCAGUUUAUAAUAAAUAUUCAAUAAGUUCACUAGUGUAGCAAGAGCUCUACUAAGCAGCAACUAAAUAAACUAUAGUGACUAAACAGAAAUUUGUAAAAAAAAAUACAUAAUAAAAUCAACAGAUAAGAUUAUUGAAUAAAAUCUAAAUCAAGUGCAGUGUCAACAAAACAUUACAAGAAAAACAAAAAAAAAAAAGAAAUAUGGCGAAAUUGGCUCCUUGUGUUAAACUAAGCAAUGGACAAGAAAUGCCCGUGGUGGGUUUGGGCACCUGGCGUUCCUAUGAAAACGAUGCUGAACGUUCGGUUAAGGAUGCCAUAGAUGUGGGUUAUCGCCACAUAGAUACCGCCUUUGUUUAUGAAAAUGAGCAUGAAGUGGGCAGAGCAAUUAAAGCUAAAAUAGCCGAAGGUGUUAUCAAAAGAGAAGAUAUAUUUGUAGUCACUAAAUUGGGUGGCAUACAUCAUGAUCCUGAAUUAGUAGAGCAUGCCUGUCGCAAAAGUUUAAGUAAUCUAUCGCUUGACUACAUUGAUCUCUAUCUCAUGCACUUCCCUGUGGGUCAAGUUUAUUGUGGCGAUGAAAAUGUUCAUGGUGGCAGUCAAUUAAGUGAUACCGAUUAUUUGGAUACUUGGAAAGCUAUGGAAAAGCUAGUGGAUUUGGGUUUAGUUAAAGGUAUUGGUUUGUCUAAUUUUAAUGCUGAACAAACUGAUAGAGUAUUACAAAACUGCCGCAUACGUCCGUUGGUAAAUCAAGUUGAAUGUCAUCCUGCCCUGAAUCAGAAAAAACUCAUAGAAUUCUCUCGUGAAAGACAAAUUUUCAUAACCGCCUAUGCUCCCUUGGCUAGACCAAAACCCGAACACAAAUGGCCAGCAUUUUUAUAUGAUCAAACGGCUCAAGAUUUGGCCCAACGUUAUGGACGUACACCUGCGCAAAUAUGUUUGCGUUACUUAAUACAACUGGGUUGUAUUGUUAUACCGAAAUCGGUAAAGAAAUCUCGUAUUGCCGAAAACUUUAAUUGUUUUGAUUUUGAAUUAAGUGCCGAAGAUAUGAAGAUAAUGGAUGGUUAUAAUACGGGCCGCAGAUUGAUACCGUUUAGCGGCAUGAGUCAUCAUAAAUAUUUUCCAUUUAAUACGGAAUUUUAAGUUUAGUUUAUAAGUUUAAUAUGUUUUAGUUUAAUUAAAUAUAGUAAUUCAAUAAAAUAUAAGAAAAAUUUUUGAAUCACCAUACAAUUGUAAA